AUGGGAGAUGUUCGUCAGCCUGCCCCGGUCUUGUUACGACCAGGGCAUACUGACCCUGAUCAGCAGCGCAGUUCCAGCCGUGUCGUCAAUGUGCCGUGGAUAAAUAAAGUCUUUUCACGCCAAAAGUCGGAACCCAGUCCAUUGCCGUUGGCUCAUGUUAAUCAAGACUCUUCAUUUCCUGAAAACAUAAGACCAGGCCACUCAUCACAAACACUACAGAACAACAAUGUUGGAUUUCAAGAUUCAGUCCCAAAUCGAUACAGAAACAAACCUGAUAUCAAUGAUCGAGACGAAAACCCAAGGCAACCCAUAUCGAACUACUCGUCGCUACUGAGCAUAACCGAUUCUCGACAAACAGCUCAUACUCGUCCAAAAGAAGAUAUGGCAAAAACACUGAAGCCGAUGCUUGACAAGGAUGCUUCCUCAAUACUCAUCUGUUGGGGUGAAAAGGAGCGUUGUCACAUUGUUCCAGUGAUAAUCGCUAAUUCUGCUGAUGAGGUUACAGCAUGGCGGGAAAUUUCCCGGGCAUUCUAUGCAUUUAAGGGGAGCUGGAGAAGAUAUAUACCGGCAUUUGGUGUGAAGCAAGUGGAUGUUGUUGAGAUCUCAAUCGCAGGGAGGAAACUGGAGAUGAACAAUCGAUCAACAAGCAACAUUGAAUACUAUCCAAUGGGUUCCAGAACACGCAGGAGUAGAAGAAAAUGA